CCCCUCCGGCCCCGGGGACCCCCGCGCCCCUGCCCGCGCCCCCCUCGGCCGCAUGGAUCGGCCUGCAAGCCGCUGAUGCUGCCCCCCGCAGGGAGGUGGCCCGGACCGCAGCGCCCCGAGAGCUCUCAUGGUACCAAGUGACGGGCCGACCUUCUUGUGACACAGGGACACCAGCCCUUCUGAGAGGAUGUCGGCAAUACAGGCCGCCUGGCCAUCCGGUACAGAGUGCAUUGCCAAGUACAAUUUCCAUGGCACGGCUGAGCAGGACCUGCCCUUCUGCAAAGGCGAUGUGCUCACUAUUGUAGCUGUCACCAAGGACCCCAACUGGUACAAAGCCAAGAAUAAGGUGGGACGUGAGGGCAUCAUCCCCGCCAACUACGUGCAGAAGCGGGAGGGUGUGAAGGCAGGCACCAAGCUCAGCCUCAUGCCCUGGUUCCACGGCAAGAUCACGCGCGAGCAGGCGGAGCGGCUGCUGUGUCCACCAGAGACGGGCCUUUUCCUGGUGCGGGAGAGCACCAACUACCCCGGGGACUACACGCUGUGCGUGAGCUGUGAGGGCAAGGUGGAGCACUACCGCAUCAUGUACCACGCCAGUAAGCUGAGCAUCGAUGAGGAAGUGUACUUCGAGAACCUCAUGCAGCUGGUGGAGCACUACACCUCAGAUGCAGAUGGACUCUGCACGCGCCUCAUCAAGCCAAAGGUCAUGGAGGGCACGGUGGCAGCCCAGGAUGAAUUCUUUCGCAGUGGCUGGGCACUGAACAUGAAGGAUCUGAAGCUGCUGCAGACUAUCGGGAAAGGAGAGUUUGGAGACGUGAUGCUGGGAGAUCACCGAGGGAACAAAGUUGCUGUCAAGUGCAUCAAGAAUGAUGCCACUGCCCAGGCCUUCCUGGCUGAAGCCUCAGUCAUGACGCAACUUCGGCAUAGCAACCUGGUGCAGCUCCUGGGCGUGAUUGUGGAGGAGAAGAGUGGGCUCUAUAUCGUCACGGAGUACAUGGCCAAGGGAAGCCUAGUGGACUACCUUCGGUCUCGCGGUCGGUCGGUGCUUGGAGGAGAUUGUCUCCUCAAGUUCUCGCUGGACGUGUGUGAGGCCAUGGAGUAUUUGGAGAGCAACAACUUUGUGCACCGGGACCUGGCAGCCCGCAAUGUGCUGGUAUCUGAAGACAAUGUGGCCAAGGUCAGCGACUUUGGCCUCACCAAGGAGGCCUCCAGCACCCAAGACACAGGCAAGCUGCCUGUCAAAUGGACAGCCCCAGAGGCCUUGAGAGAAAAGAGAUUUUCCACCAAGUCUGAUGUGUGGAGUUUCGGGAUCCUCCUCUGGGAAAUCUACUCCUUUGGGCGAGUGCCUUACCCAAGAAUUCCCCUGAAGGACGUUGUCCCUCGUGUGGAGAAGGGCUACAAGAUGGACGCCCCGGAUGGCUGUGCCACCGCCGUCUACGAAGUCAUGAAGAAGUGCUGGCACCUGGACCCUGCAGUCAGGCCCUCCUUCCUGCAGCUUCGAGAGCAGCUGCAGCACAUCAAGACACAUGAGUUGCAUCUGUGACGGCCGCCCAGCUCCUCCAUGCAGCUUCGGGGUGUCGAACGAACACCAGGCCUUGUGAGCCGCUGCACGGUGCGGGUGUGUCCCGCGCCUGGGCAGGGAACGGACCCCACAGACUGCACCGAGUGGACGUGGUGCCCCACUCGCAGGGUCGGACCUGGACUGAGCCCGGCGGCCCCAAGGAUCCUGCCCGUCUAGGCCUGGCUCCUUCUCCCGUGGACCUGCCAAAGGGUUGAGGGGCCAGAGAGGGGGCCGGCCCUGAGCCCACCACAGUGGUGGAGCUUUCCCUGGUCUCCCUGGUCUCCCUUCUCUCAUCUUCUUA